AAUUUCUGUAUCAACUUCUCUGAUAUUUUUAGUAAGGUUUGAUGUGAUUUUUUUAUCAGGUUCCACAAAAAAGGGUAGAAAAAAAAAACAUUUCUUCUAAAAAUGGAAACCUCGUCUAAAUCCAGACCCUCUGCGGCGGUUCCCUGCGAUUUCUGCGACUCAAAAACGGCGGUUGUACACUGCAGAGCCGACUCGGCAAAGCUCUGUCUGUUGUGCGAUCGACAUGUGCACUCGGCCAAUGCCCUGUCUCGCAAGCACCUCCGCUCACAGAUCUGUGACAACUGCAGGACCGAACCGGUGUCCUUUCGAUGCUUCACCGACAAUCUUGCUCUCUGCCAGAGCUGCGACUGGGACUCUCAUGGUAAUUGCUCAGUCCUGUCUCUCCACAAGAGGACUCCCGUGGAAAGCUUCUCAGGGUGUCCCUCUCCACUCGAGCUCGCUUCUGUGUUUCGAGUGGAUUUGAAGGAUGGGAAUUGGAGUAGUUGGAAUUUCGGGUCGGUGAAUGUUCAGGAUUUUGUGGUUCCGGGCGAGAAUUGCUAUGUUGGGUGUGGUACGAAAGUAGAGAAGAACGGGAUAAGCGUGGUGUAUGAGCAAUUGGUGGACUUAAUACGGAGCGAUGUGGAUGUGGUGCGGGGGGAUGUGGACGGAGAUGGAGAUGAGGGUGAGGAUGGUGCUGAACUGGGUCCAGGGACGCCGGGUAGGUGUGCUAAUAUGGGGAAUUUUCAAGGUGUUGAUUUAGAUAAUGGUGGUGAUGAAGAGUUGUUGCGGCAGCAAACGCCGUUUACGUCUUUGCUUAUGUUGCCGACGCCUGUUGAUGCCAGAGACACUGGCUGUGGUUAUGGUUGCGCAGUGGAAGGAGACGCUAUGUGGGAUCGUGGCCACCUUUCAUAUCAGGCACCCCAGAUAUGGGAUUUUCAUUUGGGAAGAUCAAGGAUUUGCAAAGAAACUAGUCCAGAAGCAGGAUACGAUGUGAACAAUUCUGGUUUUGUGAUCAAGAAUUAUAGUGAAAUUACCAAGGGAUCUUCCUUGACAAGAACAAAAGCGUUACAAGGCAUGUAUGAGAUGAAUUGCACAACAACCCAUGAGGAUAUCCUGUCAAAAAAUUGUCAUUCAAAUAAAGCAUUGUCAAGCCAGGGAACAACGACGGCAGAGAGCAACAACAUACCUAUAGUAGGGCCAUCAUCAGAGUCCUGGUCAGCUGAACCCAAUACAAACAGCAUUAAAAGUAUGCAGUUCAAGGAUCUCCUUAUUGGGAGUGGAACUGCAAGAACAGAGACAACCAAUGUUGAUAUGGAGCUGCUGGCACAGAACAGAGGCCAUGCCAUGUUACGCUACAAGGAGAAGAAGAAAACUCGAAGAUACGAGAAGCACAUCCGCUAUGAGUCAAGGAAGGCCAGAGCUGACACUAGAAAGCGAGUGAAAGGUAGGUUUGUGAAGGCAAGUGACUCCUGAUGUCAAAAUUUAGUAGCUGAGUGGUUGUAUCAGUUCCCUGCAUUAGGCCUUGUGUUACAUCAGAAGAACCUCUCUUUUUCUUCGUUUCUUUUUUGUAAUAAAAUAGGUUUAGUUUCAGCAUUAUAUGUGUCUAUGUUUGUAUGCAAAGCUAUGGAAUCCGAUCUCAAUUAUCUACAAGAGUUUUCUCAGGGGGCUUCUA